CACAGUUCAAUUACCCUGUGACGCUACACAGAGGUUUCUCAAAAUGGCCUCCGAAGCCCCUAAGGAUAUUCCUGUGCGGCCUGCCGCCGACGCGCCGGCCUCUGAAGCCGCUGCCCCGCCAAAAGAUGCGAAAAAGCAGGCCCCGAGCCCCGAUGUUCUCCCAGAAUUCAUGAUUGAGCGAAACAAGCUCUUCGAGGAACUCUGGCAACAAUACCUCGAAGAGAUCAAGAACCGCCCUCACCCCGAAAUCACCGUUUCCCUUGACAUUGGCGACGGCAACCCUUCUUCGGUCUCCGCCAAAGCCUUCGAGACCACUCCUGGUUCUUUCCUGCGCGAUGUUCCCAAAGAUAUUGCUGCCAAUGUUGUCAUAGCCAAAAUUGACGAUAAGGAGUUGUGGGACCUGAAUCGUCCUCUGGAGAAGGACUGCAAGGUUCUUCUUGUUCCUUUCAGCAACCCCGAGGCCCGUGAGGUCUUCUGGCACUCCAGUGCUCACUGUCUGGGUGAGGCAUGUGAAUGUGAAUAUGGCUGUCUUCUUUCCCAUGGUCCCCCUACCCCCCAGGGUUUCUUCUACGAUAUGGCCAUGCCCGAUGGACGGGUUGUUCGCGAGAGUGAUUGGAAAGCGCUCGACAACAAGGCCUCGCGCAUCUUCAAGGAGAAACAAAGCUUUGACCGAUUGGAGGUUUCCAAGGAGAACCUCAAGAAGAUGUUCGGAUACAGCAAAUAUAAGUUGCACUACAUUGAUAAGCUCGUCACUGGUGAGAGCAGCACCGUCUACCGCUGCGGAACCCUUGUCGAUCUCUGCCGUGGCCCUCACAUUCAAAACACUGGCAAGAUCAAGACCUUCAAGAUCAUGCAGAACUCAUCUGCCUACUUCCUUGGUGACCAGAGCAACGAUUCCUUGCAGCGUAUCCGUGGUGUUGCUUUCCCUGAUAAGAAGGCAAUGGCCGAGCACCUGAAGUUCUUGGAAGAGGCUGAGCGCCGUAACCACUUGCGAAUUGGAAAAGAACAAGAGCUGUUCUUCUUCGAUGAAGUGUCUCCCGGAUGUCCUUUUCUCCUCCCUAACGGAACCAAGAUUCUCAACCAAAUUCAGUCCCUCCUGCGUACUGAGUACCGCAAGCGCGGCUACCAGGAAGUCCAGACCCCCAACAUGUUCGAUGUUUCCAUCUGGAAGACCUCUGGUCACUGGGCUCACUAUAAGGAUGACAUGUUCAAGUUGGACGUUGAGAAGCGCGAGUGGGCCCUUAAGCCUAUGAACUGCCCUGGUCACUUUAUUCUCUUCGGCCACCGUGAACGGAGUUACCGUGAGCUGCCUAUGCGUCUUGCAGACUUUGGAGUGUUACAUCGUAAUGAAGCGAGUGGCGCGCUAUCUGGUCUUACAAGAGUGAGGAGGUUCUGCCAAGAUGAUGCGCACCUCCUGGUUGAGCCGCACCAGAUUAUGUCUGAAGUGGAGGGUCUGUUCGAUUUCUUGCAGUCCAUCUAUGGGCUGUUCGGCUUCACCUUCAAGCUGAAGCUGUCCACCCGCCCCGAGAAGUAUAUGGGCUCGUUGGAGACCUGGAACCAAGCCGAGGAGCAGCUCAAGAAGGCCUUGACCAAAUUCCAGGGUAAUGAUUGGGUCAUUGACGAGGGUGAUGGUGCCUUCUACGGCCCUAAAAUUGAUAUCACCAUAAAUGACGCAUUAGGUCGUGGUUUCCAAUGUGCCACCAUUCAGCUGGACUAUCAAGCUCCGCUGAACUUCAAACUGGAGUAUCAGACCAACGAAAAGCGGGAGAAGAACACCGAGGAGGACGCGAAGGAAGACGUGACCAAGUCCGACGGGCUGCCCUUCGGCCGUGCCCGUCCUGUUGUCAUUCACCGUGCUAUUAUUGGUAGCUUCGAGCGAUUCCUUGGUAUCUUGACCGAGCACUUUGGUGGCAAGUGGCCGUUCUGGAUCAGUCCGCGCCAGAUCCUCAUUGUGCCAGUGAUGCCGGCUCUGAACGACUACGCCGAGGAGCUGCAGCGUAUCCUGCAGGGAGAUAAGCUGAAUGUGGACGUGGACAUCAGUGGCAACACCCUGCAGAAGAAGAUUCGUACUGGCCAAUUGGCCCAGUACAACUUCAUCUUCGUUGUGGGAGCGCAGGAGCGUGAAUCUGGCACUGUUAAUAUUCGUAACAGAGACGAUCCCGCAAGCCAAAGCAAGGGCGUCAUGGUCCCUCUGGAGGAGGCACGGGUCAAGCUCCGGGCAUUGCGUAAGGAACGUCGGUUGGAGAACACUCUGUAG